CACAUCUCUUCACUCCACACUCGCUCCUGGAGAGAGAGACAACGAGUCAGAGAGAGAGAGAGAGACACAGACAGAGUUAGAGACAUAAAGACAGAGAAACAGCUAGAAAGGAGAGACUCGUCGCUAGAUCGAGAUAAAGAGCGGGAUACAGAGAGAUUGUGUGGGAUAGAUAGAGACACUGUGAGAGAUACCUUCCCACGGAGAGACGGAAAGGGUUACCAGACCGGCCGAUUCCAUCAUGUCUUACUAUGAGCACAUCUACAUCGAGGACUUCAACUACACGGGGUCCGGGUCCGGGGACAUGGGCAUGGACCUGGAGGAGCCCUGCAACGUGGAGAAGGUGGUGUCCCCGGACCUCCAGCAGGUGUUCCUGCCCGUCGUCUACACCCUCAUCUUCCUGCUGGGCAUCACCGGGAACAGCCUGGUGGUGGUGGUGCUGGGCUGCCAGCGCAGGGCCAAAUGCAGUCUGACAGACUGCUACCGUCUGCACCUCUCGGCGGCGGACCUCCUCUUCGUCCUCUCGCUGCCCUUCUGGGCGGUGGACGCGGCGCUGGCCGACUGGCGGCUGGGCCCGGUGGCGUGCGUGGGCGUGCACGUGAUCUACACGGUCAACCUGUACGGCAGCGUCCUCAUCCUGGCCUUCAUCAGCCUGGACCGCUACCUGGCCGUGGUCAGGCCCACCGACACCAACACCGGGGGCCUGCGCCAGCUGCUCGCCAGCCGAUUGGUUUACGCCGGUGCCUGGCUGCCCGCGGCGCUGCUGGCCGUGCCCGACCUGGUGUUCGCCCGGACCCGGGAGGGCGGCGAGGGGGUGACCCUGUGCCAGCGCUUCUACCCCGAGGAGAGCGGCCCGCUGUGGGUGGCCGUGUUCCACCUGCAGCUGGUGCUGGUGGGGCUGCUGAUCCCCGGCGUGGUGCUGCUCAUCUGCUACUGCGUCAUCGUGAGCCGCCUGACCCGCGGCCCGCUGGGCGGCCAGCGGCAGAAGCGGCGGGCGGUGCGCACCACCGUGGCCCUGGUGCUCUGCUUCUUCGUGUGCUGGCUGCCGUACGGCGCCGGCAUCGCGCUGGACGCCCUGGUGCGGCUGGAGGUGCUGCCGCGGAGCUGCGGCCUGGACGCGGCCAUGGGCGUGUGGCUGGCGGUGGCGGAGCCGCUGGCGUUCGCCCACUGCUGCCUCAACCCGCUGCUGUACGCCUUCCUGGGGGCGGGCUUCAAGACGUCGGCGCGCCGCGCCCUGACGCUGAGCCGGGCCUCCAGCCUGAAGAUCCUCCCCCGCAGGCGGGCCGGGCCCUCCACCACCACCGAGUCCGAGUCCUCCAGCCUGCACUCCAGCUAGCCCCCACACCCAGUACUGGGUGUUUAUGUGUGUGGGGGUUUGUGUGUGUGUGUGUGAGUCUGUAUGUGCGUGCGUGGGUGUGUUUGUGUGUAUGAGUGCACUGCACGUACACGCACAAACAAACGUGUGUGACUGAAUGGAUCCACGUAUAUGCAUUCCGAUUUUCGUUUGAGGAAACGGGACUUCUGUGUAUGUGUGUGCAUGGACGGACGGGUAGGCUGGUCCAUCAUCUGUCCUCGUGCAUCUUCCAUCUGUGCGUUCUCAUGUAAAUAUUGUUGUGCUUUCAUAAUAAAACUGUGAUGUUGUGUAA